UCUGCGAGACAUGACUGAUGGAUCCGUCCGCCAAAUAUUAAACUUGCAAUAGUAAACAAAUACAUUUGGCGGAAUUUCAAUGAAAAUAAGACCAACAACCUAAACUUCCCCUUCUCUUCACCUCCAUCUUGAGCGGUGUAUGCUGGGAUUGGCACGUGUGUGCGUUGCGCGAGUUUAAUGUCCAGUCCAUUGCAUGAGACAGAUUACAACAUUGUUGCGGUUCAGUUACUUCAUUAUUCAAUCACAACACGUGUUAUUCGCCCACCGGCAAAGCUUUAACCAUGGAAACCGAGAAAACUACUGGAGAAGAAGUUAUUGGGUUGGAUGGGAAACCCACUUCUAAAAAAGGUUUAAAAAAACAACAGAAAGAAGCUGAAAAAGCUGCUAAGAAAGCGGAGAAACAACAACAAAAACAACAAACAACUGAGACAGAGAGUGAAGACUAUGCGAAAGAAAACUAUGGCAACUUUCCUCUUAUCCAAUCAGCUUCUAAAGUUGAUCGCAAACUUCAGAAAGUUAGUCAGCUGACCCCAGAAUUAUCCAAUCAAAAAAUAUGGGUGCGUGGUCGUCUACAUACUAGUCGUAGUAAAGGUAAACAGUGUUUUUUUGUGAUUCGCCAACAGAAAUGGUCGAUACAAGCUCUUCUGUCAGUUGGUGAUAAAGUCAGUAAACAAAUGAUCAAGUUUGCUGCCUCGAUAAACAAAGAGUCUAUAGUUGAUGUAGAAGGUCUGGUGAGAACAGUAAAUAAAAAAAUUGAAUCCUGUUCACAGACAGAUGUUGAAUUACACGCUGAGCAGAUUUGGGUGGUGAGUUCUGCUGCACCACAGUUACCCUUACAGAUUGAAGAUGCUAGCAGAAGAGAAGGUGACGGGGAACUAGCGACAGUAAAUCCCGACACCCGUCUGGAUAACAGAAUAUUAGAUCUACGAACCACAACUAGUCAAGCUAUAUAUAGAAUUGAAGCAGGCGUCUGUCGAUUAUUCCGUGAUUACCUCACAUCAGAAGGUUUCGUAGAAAUUCAUACGCCAAAAAUAAUAUCUGCUGCGUCAGAAGGAGGAGCAAAUGUUUUUACUGUAUCCUAUUUUAAAACUCAGGCCUACCUGGCCCAGUCUCCACAACUCUACAAACAAAUGGCCAUAUGUGGAGAUUUUGACAGAGUUUUUACAGUUGGUGCUGUUUUCCGAGCAGAAGAUUCUAACACACAUCGUCAUUUAACAGAGUUUGUGGGUCUAGAUAUGGAGAUGGCAUUUAGCUAUCAUUAUCAUGAAGUUUUAGAUGUUAUAGGAAACCUCUUCUGUUCUAUAUUCAAAGGUUUACAACAAAAUUUUGUUGAAGAAAUAGAAAUGGUACAUAAACAAUUUCCCGCUGAACCUUUUAAAUUUUUAGAACCCAGUUUACGACUAGAUUACAGCGAAGGAGUUCAGAUGUUGAGGUCUGCUGGGAUAGAAAUGGAGGAAGAUGAAGAUCUGAGCACGCCCAAUGAAAAAUUACUGGGUCGUCUGGUUAAAGCAAAGUAUGAUACUGAUUUCUUCAUCCUAGAUAAAUUUCCUCUGGCUGUUCGACCAUUUUAUACCAUGCCUGAUCCUAACAAUAAGAAAUGGUCCAACUCGUAUGACAUGUUUAUGAGAGGUGAAGAAAUAUUAUCAGGAGCUCAACGUAUUCAUGACCCAAAAUUCCUGAUGGAACGGGCCAAGGAACAUGAAAUAGAUGUCAGCAAAAUAAAAGCUUAUAUAGAUGCCUUUAAAUAUGGAGCCCCACCACAUGCUGGUGGUGGAAUAGGUAUGGAACGAGUACUGAUGUUAUAUCUGGGACUGGAUAACGUUCGAAAAACAUCUCUAUUUCCCCGCGAUCCUAAACGACUUACGCCCUAAUUUAUUGUUAUAUUGUUUAUUUAUCUUAGCCUCAAUUAAUCUACUACAUUUCAAAAUGUCUGAAACUGUUAAAGUCACUCAUCUUCGUUUGAGAGAUAUAAGAUUUGUUCGAAAUUAAAAUAUUGUGAAUGUUGAAUCUCUAAAAUUGGUUCACUUCUGUGUAUUACUUACAAUCUGAUUACAAUACAGAUCUAUAUUUCGUUUCAUUUUUUUUUUUUUUUAUACUUUCAAUGACCUACACUACAUGAAGAUUUGACUGGUUGUAGUAAGGUCGCGUCAGGGGUUGUUGAUGCUUCUAGUGGGUUACCCACAGUUCCAUGCACCUCAGGCCUAAAACCCGCCGUAACAGACUGUUUCAUUGACUAAUCCCUCACAUCAUUCAGAAUUCGUGUUAUAUAAAAACUCUUCCAGAUCCUAGUGUAGUUAAAACAAGUAAAACAAAAUUUUAAACCAUAAAUACGAAACGAAAUAGGAUCUCUGUUUUAAUCAAAUUGUAUUACUUACGAAGAUAUGAUGAACAUAAAAUUCUGAAAUAUUUGACAUCGGCUGCAGACGAUAUAAAAAAUGCCAUCGUCACCUCUAAGUAUUGGGUAAAAUUUUUAAUCCAACUGAAUCCAAGUCAGAAGGUUAUCUCCCCUUGAUAUUUUGGUUUCGUUAAGUAAUCAAUUUGAAUGUAAUUUUAACGUGGUUUAAGCUGUGAGAAAAUAGACAUUUUCUGAAAGAUACUAACACUGUAACCCGGCUAUCAUUUAAUCUUGUGUAUCUAGCACUUAUUUCUAUUAACAUGCAUUUAAUAUCAAAACUUAGUUUAAAAAUUCGUAAAAAUCGUUUAAAUUCACCAAAAAUGAAUGUGAAAGCUUUUUAUUGGGCUUCCAAGUUGAUUUUAAUAUUUACAUCAAUACACAGGGAUAGUUAGUUUAUUUAAGAUAUUUAUUACAAAGUUUAUGAUUGAUUGACAUUGGACAUCAGGUGAAUACAGAUUUAUGACAAAAGGGAGAUAAUAUUGGGGCAAAAAAUCAUAUUAAAAUCAGGGGCCUUAUUUACAAAUAAGAAACAGACUUUUCAUUGGUUGACAGUUACAAUUCUAGUACAAAUUGUAGCUCUUAUCCAAUGAAAAAGCUGCUUUCUUAAAGGGACAAUAACACUCUUGCUGGCUUGACAGCUCCAGAAAAUAAAUAAUAGCCUUAUUCUAAGUACUAGAUGUGUUAGUGUCCUACCUGUUGUGUAAAUUAUCCAUUAAACCCUAUUUUACUUGUCCAGAGGGUUCGAAAAUAUUUUUAAAUCCAAGUCACAUUUGAAAAGGUUUACGUUAGGCUUUUCAAAUCAUUUAGUUGAAUUUUUCCAAUUUUUUAAAUUAGGUGUGUUAAGAUGAAAUUUGUAUCACAAAUUAAUUGGAAUAUCGUAAAAAAAGUACAAUUUGUUGACCAGAAUAAAGAUUGGGAUAUAUUAUUCAGUUACAACAAGAGUGGUAUUGAGCCUUUAACAUAUUUUAGUUUAGAUUGUAUAAGGCUCAAUAGGCCUAACAUCUAACAGAAUGACUAAUUUGUAUAUUAAGGUGAUAUAUAUUUUUAAACUAUUGUGUAGGGUUAUUUGAUUGAUUGUGUCAAUAUAUCAUGUUUCGCUCAAUAUUAAAAAAACUCUUGAUUUGAAUUUAAACCGUGUGUCUUUCUAUGAUUAAAGCUAUUUGUAUAUUAGAUAUUGUUCCAGUGAAACAUCCUUCUUUAUGUACCAUACUGUAUCUGUAGAAUUAUGUACUAUGAAUACGCUGUAUCAUAAGGUCUGUCAUUGAGUCAACUGGGAUGGUUUCGAUUCCCCUGGUGUAGGUUACAAGGAGUAGGGUUGCCUGUCCAACCUCGUGGGUUUUCUCCGGGUUCCUUCCACUGAUCAAGAUUCCUACGUGCCAGAAGAAUUAUUGAAAUAAAAUUGAACCAUGUGUUAGUCCUGAAAUGACUUAGUUUGUAUCCAGUGGAUGUUAAACCCCAUCUCUCUCUCUCUCUCUCUCUCUCUUUGUACUAUGAAUAUUGUUAACUAAGGAGCACCUGAAAUACCUGAUUCCACCAUGAUAGUUUCUAUUGGGAUCAUACAUUGUUGGAUACCUGUGGCUUUGUUGUUGAUAUUUUGUUUGUUACAAGUUUGAAAUUAGAAGAAUAAUAUGUUUUAUUGUGUUCCGCGAAAAAAUAAAUUCAGGUGUAUUUAGAGUAAAACCUGAACAUGUGAGAAUACAGGUUAAAGAGGCAUUAUGGGAGAUUCAAUCUGGUUAAAACACAGAUCCUAUUUCGUUUCGUUUUUAUAGUUCAAAAUUUCGUUUUACUUGUCUUUACUACACUUGGAUCUGGAAGACUUGUUAUUUAACUCAUGUUCUGCUUGAAAUGAGGGGUCAGCCAAUCAAAUGGUCUGUCGAAUCGAGUGUUUGACCUUUUUUGUCCGGAACUGUGGGUAAUCCACUAAUAACAUCAAUGCUGAUUGGUUAAUCAAAUGUCUGACGUCAUAGGUCAAAAGUCGGUCUUUUGACCCCUGAUGUGACCUAUGGUUAUAACUUGUCAGAUCUUCAUGUAGCAUAGGCCAUCGAAAGUAUAAAAAAACGAAACGAAAUAUAGAUCUGUAUUUUAAUCAGAUUGUGCAAAGUUAUGAGUAUUUGAAGUUUUGACCGAUUGUGCAAAGUUAUGAGUAUUUGAAGUUUUGACAAGAUUUAGCUUUAGCUCUUAAAUGGCCGCUGUAUUCAAAUCUACUUAAUAAUCAGAGCGAUCCGAAGGCCCAGAGAGCUAAUUAUGGUCUUGUCAUGUUAAUUUUUUAUAAAAUUUUAAGCUAGUUAUAAGACCUGCAAUAAGCAGAUUUAAAUCUUCCAUAAUGCAUCUUUAAAGAUACGUUAUGGGAGAUAAGAUAAAGAGCUGGCAGUUCUCACUAUAAUAGUUAAAAACUAGAUAAUGUAAAGGCAAUUUGCUGAAAAUUUCAUUGAAAUUGAUCCACUAUGAACCGAGAACUAAGCGAUUGAAAUUUCCGCCUAGCCUCGAUCAUCAUUACUAAAGUUAGUACGAUAAACAGCAUAGUCUCGAUUAUCCAUUUAAUCCUUAAAUCGUGAAGGAAAGUUAUGCAGUAAAUCUGCUCAUAAUCCACUAAAGAUCAAAGGCUAGCGAUGCUAUCUAGAGUUGAUUAUGGUCUGGAUUGAUUAAUUAAUGUCUAAUUAAUAAUUUAGAUAACAUUUCAGGCCUAAAGAAAAACCUGCAAUAGGCAGAUUUAGCUCUUGCAUAAUGUAUGUUUAAAUAGAAUAGUAGCAAUAAUAAUUUGUUACAGAAUCUAAUAUGCAAAUUUGCUGGUUCAUCAGUUCUGAAUCGGCCAAUGAAUCUAUAGUGAACAGGUUUGUCUGUUGUCAGUUGAAGAAAGUAAAUUGUUUUAAUUCAUUACAUGUUAUUUGUUUUCUUUUAAAAAUUUCGCAAACAUUUUGUCGGGAAAUGAAAAAUUUCAAUAAUAUUAAUUUCAUGCUGCAUGAUUAUUUAGCUAUGAUUACGAUUUAUCGGAAAUACAUGAAACAAUUGUUUGUUGAUUGAUGUGAAAAUGAAUUUGUUUUUGUAAAUUGGAAAAAUAUAUUGUAAUAAAAAUUUAAAUGAA